ACUGCGCGCUGACGCAUUCCGCGCCGACCCUCCGCGCGCGACUCCCGUGUCGCGUCGCUCGUAGAACCGCGCGCUGCGUUCGAUCUGCAACGUAAACAUUGUGCUUGUGCUAACUCUGCUUAUUUACUUUUUGACUUUGUAUUUUGUGUGAUGUGCAAUGGAGUUUGUUUAUUAGUGGUCGCCCCUGACGAGGGUUGAGUGUUUAAUUUCAUUGGAAGUUCAGUAUCACGUGUCGGCAUGCUGAAGCACGUGGCGGUGUCACCGCACCGCGCACGCGCAGACUCCGUCAGCCUCGCGUCCUCAGCCUCGUGCUGCAGCCUCGGCAGCCUCGACCACCGACACGACUCGGUUGCUGAUCUCUCACAUCGAACGACAACAAUCAAAGUGUACGCCCGCUGUCUCCGCCCAGAUAUCGAAUACAAGACCUUAUCCGUGACAUGGGGCACCAGGGCCCGAGAGGUGGUGGCCACACUCCUGGGCAAGUUUCGGAUGAAGCACCGGGAUCCGAGGCUGUUCUACCUGAGCAUGGAGGUGCGGGUCCGAGCAGCUGGGCUGAGGACCACGCUGGUGCUGGAUGAUGAUGCCAGGCCCGCGGCGCUGCAAGCUUGCCAUCCAAAGGGAUACUCUAAAUUUUCUUUACAAAUGCGGCCCGGUGGACUUGUGAAGAUAUACGACUCGGCUCUGAUGUCCUCGUCUCAAUAUAAAUGCUUGCUGACCAGCGAGCGAACCACCGUCGACGAGCUACUAGCUAUUUUGCUGCAUUGCUAUGACUCCACUGAAGGUGUGGAGAGAUUCUCGCUCUAUGAGGUGUGUCCAUCACAGGAGUGCGAGAGAAAAUUGCAUCCAGACGAUUUCCCGCUUCAAGUGCAACGGGCGUGGCCAGCAGACUCUGACUGCCACUUCCGAGUGAGGAGGAACCCGCGCGCCCCACCGCUCCCCCCUCGAGCCCUCCCACCCCCCGAACCCACUGAGGAAGAAGACGAACCUUCGAGAGCUCUCUCGGCGCUGUCUCUGGAGGCCGAAGCCGAGAAGAGAUACAGCCCUGUAUACAAGUUCCCAAGCAUUAGUUACUGUAAAGAGACCAAAAACGACUAUCUUUACAUCUGACUAAACAUAGUCAGCAGUCUCAAAGCUAUAUCCAACCCAGGUUGUAAAAGGACAGUGAGAAAGCGACUCUUGUGCAGUGUAAAUAAGGUUUAGUUUUGUAUAGUGUAAAUAUUGGACGCUAAUAACGGAUAACGUACGGUAUAAUCUCUAAUAUGAAGUGUGAAACCAAAGAGAUAUUGCAAUAUGCAGCUUACUAACACGCGUUGUGUACAUUGAAUAGAAAUGUAACUCUUAUUGUUAAUACGAACAAAGUAUAAUUUGGUGUGAAACUUGACAGACUUGAAACAAACGUUUUCGAUAUCACACGCAGAAUCAAGGAAAAAGACGCUAAACGUUGUUGUCUUGUUCUCAUGUAUGUGAUAGCGAAAAUGUAUCUAUCGUUGAUUUAUUUGUCAUUUGUCUAAGUAAAUUGACCUUAUAAUGAGUUAUCUUUAAGUUUGUGAAUUGAUGGAGUUAGAUUCAAUAAUUUUCAGUAUAAACAAACAGAACUAUUUACCUCCUCAUAUUAUAUAUAUAACAAAUUUAUAUAUAUAUAUAUAUAUAUAUAUAUAUAUAUAUAAAUAUAUAUAUAAAUUUGUUCAGUUGCUAAUCAGUGUAUAUGGUACUAUUUGUAGAGAUUUGGUCAUUAAUUACUGAGUAAUGAAUUUUUUAACUCCAGGCCUUGCAGAGAUUGUUUAUAGGUUACAUUUACAUCUGUAAGUCGUAUUCAUGUAACAUGUAAUUGACUUAUGAUACAUUUGGUAAACACUCAUGUGAGUGACUUAUCUUUAAUGGAUCAGCUUAAGUAACUUACGACGUUUAUGUUGUGUAUUGACAUGAGUAAAACUUUUAUAUGUAAAGGUCAUACGAUUUUGUCUCUGCCAAAAAAAGUUUAUAAUUUCAUUGAAUAAUUCUAGCAAUUUUCUAUUCUAUCUUCUGGAAUGGUAAAGCACAUGGAGUAUCAUGGGUGUAACAGUAUAGGUCUAUGGUACUGCUCAUGUCUAUAGGCGACGGUUACCACUUUCCAUCAAGUGUGCCGUUGGCUUUGUUUGCCAUUCUAUGUAUGAUAAAAAAAAAAUUGCAAAAAUCCUCAGCUUUUUUGAGAAAUAAUGUGUAUAUUAUAAAUUGUCUCCAAUUUAUUGAUAUUUGUGCUGCAUAGACUUAAUGAAAGUAAAUAAUCUAUUAAAAAUAUCUAGCUUCUUUUAAGAAAGAAAUGUUGGUAUACAAAUAUAGGUAAGAAAGAAAGAAAGAAAGAAAACUUCUUCCACCGCCAGUUAGGAACGCCAAAUCAUUAUUCACCUUUAAAAAACUAUACAAGAAUUAUCUAUGUACUAUUUAACCUAUAAAUCUUACGGCAAAGUAGUUGUAUAUAUAUGUUUAAUGUUUAUAUUUAUUAAUGUUAUUUUAUUCUAUUUUGUUCUUUCUAGUAUAUGUAAUUGGUUUGUAUUUAUUAGUUGUAAUUUUGUUUUAAUUAUUAUCAUGAAUAUUAUAAAUAGUGCCCUCUCUCUCCCCCCUUUUAUAUAUAUAUUUUUGGUGCCACUGAAAACCAGCUGUAUGUUCACCUAGGACAUACAUUAAAGCUGAGUGGAGCCAUUUCAGUGCAUUUUUGGAUGUAAAAAUGAUUAUUUUAUGUUAAUUUUUAAUUAUGGUAAAUUAAGUUUAAUUAUAUGUACAUUUUAUUUGCUCAUUUUUUUUCUCGUUUGUUGUUUAUAUUGUAUUUUUUACAUUGCACUGAAUAAAAUAUUUUUCUUUCUUUCUUUCUUAGGUAAUUUAUUACAGCUAUGAACUAGAUAUACAACUUAUUACAAGUGUGAUAUUUUUGGGAGAAAAGCAUAACAAAGUAUUGCCAAUUUACUUUUAUUUUACAAUUUUACUUUUAUUUAUACGAAACUUUAAACUUUAUAAAAAGGACUUUUAUGACAGCAAUACGUUAUGGGCCCUCAAGAUAUUUGAAUGGUUUCACUUCAAACAUUUAGCGUUUUAUCAAAUCGUUCAAUUACGAUUUAAAAGUUGAUCGAAAACCUUGCUGCUGUUAUGACAUAAAAACAUGUAUAAAUGAUCAAAUAGUUUCUUUCAAAGCCUUUAAUUGUAUUAAGUCUCAUUAUAAAGCCACAUAGGUCAAUUUGACCCUACUUACCUUUAAAGUAAGACCAUUUGCUAAAUAAAUAAAGCUCCUUAUUCUCGUUUUCACUAUUCGAGGAUUAAAAAAUUGCGACCCAAUUCCUAUAUUCGCGGAUCUAAUCGGUACAUACUAUUAAAAAAGAUUAUGUAUCUUUUUUAAACGAGACAGCAAAUGGACUAAGAAAAAAGUAAAACAGACUUUAUCACAACUACAUCUAAAGUACGUUGUCAAAUGCUAACGCCACUGUAUAAGUGCUUCGGCUGUCUAUAUUUAAGGUAUCUGUAUACGCGGCAUAUUUACGGAACGUGUAACCCGCGAAUAAAGAGCUUUUACUGUACUCCAACAAUGUAUGAGCUCAUAAUUACAUUUCCUUGUCAUAGUUACAUAUCUGUCUUCUGGGUAUUCAGGCUAUAUCAUCAAAUAGAAUAGUUGUUAUCUAGUCCACAAAAAGUUUCACCUCACUACAGUUUGCGUUUGUUACCUAAUUGCAAAAAAAUCUAAUUGUAUUAAAUACGUCUAUUAAAAUGUUGUAUAUACUUGUGCCAAUUGUAUUGCAUUACUGAACUAAAAUAUCGAAUUAUUUAUAAAAUCUGAACGAUUUCACACUUAGAAUACAGAAGAUGCUCAUGUUUAGUUUCUUAACAAAUGAAAAUCCUGAUUACAACGAAUGUUCCACCAAACGAGUGUUCUCUGGAAUUUCUUGCUUUUGGGCUAAGUGGAUUUUUGAAUGAAUGUGGCAACGUUUCAGAUUGUCAAUCCAUUGAAUUGGUGGACUAGACUCUACUAGUACUCUUUACUGAAUGUUCCAUCAAACGAAUGUUUUUUAGUAUUUCUUGCAAAAGCAAUUGCACAAAAUUGCGAAAAAAUGCACUUAGCCCAAAAGGGCUAAGUGCAUUUUUGAAUGAAUGUAGCAACGUUUCAGAUUGUCUAUCCAUUGAAUUGGUGUACAAGACUGCUUCUGUUUUUAGAUGAAGCAAUUUCUAAUGCACUCAAACCAAAAAACUCGGAGAUAUUGGUUUGACUUCUAUCGGAGGAUCUCUUUUUUGUGUGUAUCCCAUAUUUUGACUUCGAUCGUCGUGUAUUUGACUUCCUUUUAGUUCAGCAGUGCAGAAUUGGCACCAAAUAUAACUAAUGUUAUAUAUUUAGCUAGUAGACACCAAAGAGGCAAGCGAGCGUUUACUUAUAAUUAGAUCUUAUUUAUCUGUUAUAUAUUCUAAUGUUUAAUUUAUUUAUGAAGAGAUGGCGCACUCGUUCACUUGUGAUGUUAAAGAUCGUCGAAUGCAAACGUCUGUAAUAAACUGAAUUAUGUUUA